AUGUCAAACAACGCAGAUCAACCUCAUACCGAAGUGGAUGAUGAUGACGAGCCCGAUGAAUGGGACAAGCGCAUCUUCAGCACUGGCUGCCACGCCGAACAAGAUAAGAUGAACGACUGCUACUUUGCCAAGAAAGAUUGGCGUGAGUGCAAAGAAGAGAUGGAAGCCUUCCGCGAAUGCUGGAAGCAGAAUGGCAACGACCAGCGAACGGAGACCAAGGACGCAUGA